UUUCCCUUCAGCUUGACCUGCAAGUUCGUCCAGUGCGCCUUAAGGCACAGAGGGUUCCCCUUGCUCUCAAACCAAAGAUAGAAGAGGAGCUGGAUCGCUUAGUACAGCAAGGGUUUUUGGAAUCGGUCCCCCACGCUAUGUGGGAGACCCCCAUAGUUACUCCAUUGAAGUUGAAUGGGGGUGUGCGCAUCUGCGGGGACUAUAAGUGUACAAUCAAUAAAGCUUUGCAAGACCACACUUACCCUGUGCCAGUGGUGAGUCAUGUAUUAGCUACCCUGGCAGGGGCCAAGGUUUUUGGGAAGCUGGACUUGGCCCAGACAUACCAACAAUUGCCUGUGGAUGAUGGGACAGCGGAAGCACAGACCAUUGUUACUCAUAGAGGUGCCUUUCGGGUUAAACACUUACAGUUUGGGGUGAGCCUAGCCCCAGGAUUAUUUCAGAACUUAAUGGACUCCCUUCUAAAAGGGCUCCCAGGGGUUACGCCAUUUUUUGAUGAUGUGUUAAUUGCUGCCUCUACCAAGGAGGAAUUUGCCAACUGCCUUCGUUCUGUGUUAAAGCGUUUUGAGACAGCCAGCCUUAAGGUUAAGUGGGAAAAAUGCCUGUUGGGGGUGGAUCGGGAAUUCCUAUGGUUUUCUAUAGACGCGGCAGGAAUCCACCCUUCCGAAGACAAGCAAAAGGCGAUCCAGGAUGCUCCUGCACCUACUAACAAGAAGGAGCUUCAGGCUUCCGCUUUUCAAGCAGUUAAAGAUUUUCUGGUCUCGAACUCAGUACUGGCACAUUUUGAUGAAAAAUUGCCUGUUGUGCUUGCUUGUGAUGCUUCCUCUUAUGGUAUUGGGGCUGUUCUCGGUCAUUUGCUUCCCGAUGGGAAAGAAGUCCCUGUUGCAUAUUAUUCACGGACUCUUUCCCCGGCGGAGCGAAAUUAUGCGCAAACUGAUAAGGAGGGCCUGGCGACUGUGGCAGGAGUGAAGAAAUUCCACGAUUACCUGUAUGGAUGGCCCUUUACCAUCGUGACAGACCAUAAGCCGUUACUGGGGUUGUUUGCACCCGAUUGCCAGACACCACAGGUCCUGUCCCCAAGGGUUCUUCGUUGGUCCAUUUUUUUGGCAGGAGAUCAGUAUGUGCUCCAGCAUCGCUCCGGAAAGGCAAUGGGGCAUGCUGAUGCACUUAGUUGUUUACCAUUGCCAGAUAUGGAUCCAGACCUGGCACCUGCCCACCAAAUUAUGUUGAUGGAGGAGUUGCCUGAUCGGCCUCUCCAUGCUGCUGAUGUGGCAAAGCGUACUGCCCAGGACCCCGUCCUCUCCCGUGUUUUGGAUUGGGUGGGGAGGGGGUGGCCUAAAGUUCAGAAGGGGCAGGAUUUUAAGCCAUAUGUUUCCUGGAGAGAUGAACUAUCCACUCACAAGGGGUGUUUGUUGUGGGGAAGUCGAGUGGUAAUUCCCAAGCCCUUGCGCAACGUUCUCUUAGCUUUGCACGAAGCGCACCCUGGAAUUGUGUGCAUGAAAGCCUUAGCUAGGAGUUAUGUUUGGUGGCCAGGUUUGGAUGCAGAGAUUGAGGCUUGGGUUAAGCGCUAUAUUGUUGUGACGGAUAAUGGGACAGAUUUUACCUCCCAGGAGUUCCGGGAGUUUUUGGAGAGUAAUCAGCGCCCUUCCACCCAGCUAUCAACGGUCAAGCGGAAAAGAUG